ACCGAGAGGAGAGGAGGAGGAGGAAACGAUCAAGGAGCCGGGACACGGGACAUUGGAACAUUGUCAACAGAAAGUGACAGUUGCAGAAGUACCGUCCAUCAUUCUUAUCAAAGCACGCCGGGUGGCACUAAAGACAUUGCUGUGGAGAUCUUUGAGUCGAAGCAUGGAUUCUCAGCAAGUGGACAUUGAUGGAAGUGUUCUGGAAGGGGUACUGUAUUCAUACUAUUUGAAGGUGGACAAAUUUUAAGAAUGGCUGUCUCUCUUAGUGCAAUUCUGAAAAUUCCAAUUCGGGUGAAGAGUAUUCGUGCAGGAAGGGACAAACCAGGUUUACGAGCACAGCAUUUGAAAGGAUUAGAAGUGGCUCGUGAUAUCAGUGGUGGAAAAUUGUGGGGAUCUUCCCUGCACUCAACUGAAAUUGUUUUCCAUCCCGGUCAUCUCCUGGGAGGAAAUUUUUCAGCUGACACUGAAACAGCUGGAAGUGUCAGUCUACUGAUCCAAGUCAUUUUACCCUGUGCACUGUUUUCUCCUUCACCUGUUCAUCUCAGUCUUCGUGGUGGGACAAAUGCUGAUAUGGCUCCGCAGAUAGAUUAUACUGUGACAGUUUUUAAAAAGCUCCUGGAAAAGUUUGGUGGAAAUUUUGAAGGCUGUAUUGAGAAGAGGGGUUACUUUCCACGGGGUGGAGGACUUGUUCAUAUGAAAAUUGAUCCAGUGUCCCAACUGUGUCCAGUAACUUUACUGGAUUUAGGACAAGUGACCCGUGUGUGGGGAAGAGCGUUUGUAGCGGGAAACAUUCAUGUUCAGGAGGCAAAAAAAAUGGCUGAACUAUGUCAAAAUGAAAUAAAAUCUGCAUUAGGGAAUAUUCCUGUGGAGAUAAUUGGCUACAAAGAAAGCCCACAACAAGCUGUUGGAAAUGGUUCUGGUGUCAAUUUAUUUGCUGAAACAAGUACGGGUUGCAUAUUAGGAGGUUCAUCUCUUGGAAAAAGAAAUUUAAAUGUCCAUGAAGUAUCGUCUCAAGCUGUUAAAGAACUUAUUGAUGCAUUAAAAAGUGGUGCUUGUGUAGAUACUCACUCACAAGAUCAGGUAAUAAUUCUUAUGGCUUUGGCUGCUGGUAAAUCAAGUAUCAUGUGUGGCCCCAUCACUUUACACACUAAAACUGCUAUUCAUAUUGCUCAAAUCUUGACUAAGGUAUGUUUCCAUAUUGAAGAAUGUUCAGAUGGGAGAAGUAUUAUCAGCUGUGAAGGGAUUGGAAUGAAAGCAGUGUCGUCAUCACCAAUGGAACAUUAAUUUUUGAAUUUUUCCCUUGUAAUAAUUUUGGAAUUUUUGGAAAAGUAACUGCUUAUUCUGCGUGACUUACAUUAACGACUGUGAUGGUUAUAUUUGAUCUAGUCUCAUAAUUUAUUGUUUGAAUUGAUGAGCAACAUGGAUGAUGAUUGAUUUAAAAUGUAUUUAUUAGCGUUGUGGUAAAAAUUUGAACAACAAUAUUUUUUAAAGGCGGAUA